CCCCGACGCUCAGUAUUAGGUCAGACGAAGAAGAAAGAUGUCCUCUUGCACACUUCUCCGCCGCUGCGUUUCUUCCAACUUUUCCCCAGUUUUGCAUUUACUAAUACGCUCCCCACCGCAUUUAUCUCAUCGCCUAUGCCCCAAAUCUUCCUUCCGAAGAAGCUUUUCCUCGUCGAGCCGGUUUUCAGCAGCACUUAAAUUCACAGACAAGCACGAAUGGAUUCGGGUAGAAGACGGUGGUAUCGGAACUGUUGGUAUCAGCAACUUUGCUCAGGAGGCUUUGGGGGAUGUGGUUUACUGUGGACUUCCAGAGGUGGGAACGCAACUGGCCCAACAAGAUGAGUUUGGAGCUCUGGAGAGCGUCAAAGCGGCCAGUGAGCUUUUCUCCCCAUUGACUGGGGAAGUGGUAGAGGUUAACGCGCUGCUGGCGGACAAACCAGGCCUGGUCAAUAAAUCCUGCUAUAAAGAUGGUUGGUUAAUGAAGAUGACCAUCGCCAAGCCUACUGAGCUGGAUUCUCUAAUGGACGAGGCAGCGUACGAGCGGUACAUCCGCUCCAUAGAGGACUGAAACCUGGUCAGCGUUCCUCCUUGCGUAAACGUGGGCAGAGUCGCUCUAAAAGUUAAGAAUAAUUGCUGCUAAUGGCUCACUUACAUUAUGGGACCAGCCAGUGUUGAGUCUUGCAGUUUCAAAAAGCCCAGAAAUGAAGAAGACUGACACUCAAGUCAGUGAGGUUUUUUCUUUAUUGUUCAGUCAAGCAGACACAGGCGUCCUGGGCAAAUAAAUAAAUGAAAGCGCACUUUGAAUUUGUAUGUACACUGUGGACAUCAAUAAACCUCAUGAUUGACAUUUUUUCUGACA